AUGUUUGCAUCUCAGCGUCCUCUGCUCAGGCUUCCAUGGAUUGUUUUGGCAUUGUUUUUAUCAUCGGCAGCCGGAGACCCGAAGCCUGACUGCCAACGGAGCUGUGGGAAUUUCUCAAUCGAUUACCCUUUCGGUAUCGGUGAAGGAUGCUUCAUGCCUGGCUUUGAAGUAACCUGCAACGCUUCCUACAGUCCACCGAAGCCACUCUUACGCUUGGGGCUGAUUUUCAUGAGUGGCACAGGGUACGGAACUCCAGUUUCGAGUGUAGCCAGCAUCAUUUUGACCAAUACACCGUUUGUUCUCAACAACACUGCAAACAAGUUCACCGUCAUAGGCUGCAACUCCCUCGGUUUAUUAUACCUUCAAGAUGUGAAUAUCACGACCGGCUGCUUCUCAUGUGCAACGACAAGCGUCGGAUGUUACCAGUGGGUCUUGCUCGGGCUCGGCUGCUGUCAGGACUCCAUUCCUGAGGGUACUAAAACGAUUCACGUAGAAAUUAUCGAGAACCUUCUCAACGAUUCCAAGAUAAAUGAUCUAUACAGUUUCUCCGCGUCUCAUGAUAAUUGUGGAUAUGCUUUCGUGGUGGACCAAGAGCUACAGGUUCGAGGCAUCGGAUCUCAAUGGUUGUUCCUCGUCAAAGAUCGAGAGUUCCUCAUUGGUUCUUGA